AGAGGUUAAAACAGUUCCGCUCGGUUUCGUAAAGUCUGUAACUUGGUCGGCCUUAACUUCGUCAAACCCAUCGGUUUCUAGAAUUCAACUCGUCUUUUGCUGUCCGAGAAUCCGAAAUGGUCAGAAUGCUCUCGUCGGAGUUCUGGGUCGCCGUGGCUGCGGCGCUGCUGGUUUGGAGCGCCGGAGGAGCCUACGGGAUCAGAUUCGUCAUAGACAGAGAGGAGUGCUUUUCGCACAAGGUGGAAUUGGGGGAAACUGUGCAUUUCUCGUUCGUGGUUAUUAAAUCCGAGAAUUCUUGGCAUUACAGUGAAGAGGGUGUUGAUCUUGUGGUGAAAGGGCCGUCUGGUGAACAAAUUCAAGACUUCCGUGAUAAAACAAGCGAGAAAUCUGAGUUUAUUGCCCAUCAUGAUGGUAUUCAUCGUUUCUGCUUCACUAACAAGUCCCCAUAUCAUGAAACCAUAGACUUCGAUUUGCAUGCUGGCCACUUUAUGUACCAUGAUGAGCAUGCUAAAGAUGAACAUUUGACGCCUUUGUUUGAACACAUUGGAAAGCUUGAGGAGGCUUUGUAUAACAUUCAGUUUGAGCAACACUGGUUGGAGGCUCAGACAGACCGGCAAGCAAUAGUAAAUGAAGGAAUGGGCAGAAGAGCAAUCUACAAAGCUUUUUGCGAGUCUCUAGCUCUUGUUGCUGCUAGUAUUCUGCAAGUUUAUCUCCUGAAGCAUUUGUUUGAGCGGAAGCUGGGGCAGUCCAGAGUUUAGUCUUUGGCCAAUCUGAUGAAGAAAGUCCAAACAAAUAUUUUUUUUUAAAAUUUUAUACAAGUACAAACAAUUUCCCAACACCAAGCCAAAAUGAGAACUGUUUUCAUUAAUUUAAUUAGGAAGUUAGGCCUUGAUAUGUUGUAUAACAAAAAUAAUUUAUCAUAGGAUUCUCCAAAUCUAUCCUCUAUUUACCUGCCGCAAUCCUCACACAUUCUACUAUGGAUCUGUAUGUUGGCACAAAAUGAAGCUGGUAGGAAUCAAAAG